GUGUGCACGCUCGACCGGCCCCGCCAGCAUCCGUUUUCCCUGCAUCUUGCUGGUGCGGAGCCAUCCACCGGGAGGACGCCGACGCCGAGGAGACCAGGCCACAAUGGAACCAUUGACCUUCAAGGAUGUGGCCAUUGACUUUUCAGGAGAGGAAUGGGAAUGUCUGAACUGUGAGCAGCAGAAUCUGUAUAAGGAUGUGAUGUUAGAAAACUAUAGGAACCUGGUCUUCUUGGGUCUCGUUGUAUCUAAGCCAUACCUGGUUACCUGUCUGGAGCAAAGGAAAGAACCCUGGAAUAUAAAAAGGCAAAAGACAAUGGUCUUGUUCCCAGCUGUGUUUCCUCACCAUAGCCAAGACUUUUCACCAGAGCAGAGCAUAAAAUAUUCAUUCCAGGAUCUGAUCAGUGGAAGUCGUGGAAAUUGUGGUUUUGACAGUUUGUACUUCAGAGAAGAAAGGGAAAUUGUAGGGGAGAGUGAAGUUCAGAAAACCUAUUAUAAUGGACAUAACCACUUUGUGACAGCUGGUAAUAGCAAAAGCUUUCCUCCCAGUAGAGGUCAAGACCAUGAAAUGGCUCAAGAAAACCCUCAGGUUAUGCCAAUCAGUUGUGAGGAGCCGUGCACUUCUGUCAGUAAACAUCAGAGUCAGUUUUUGAAACUUGCCUCUUCUUUCAAAGAUAAUUUGAUAAAUACACAAAGGGGUCUAGUCCAUUCUUCAGUUAAUGACUUCAACAAUUUAAAAUGUAGCUUUGGUUUAAGCUUUCAUUCAAACAUUUUUGUAGAUGGGGAACUUAAAAAUGAAGAAAAAGUUUCCAAAUAUAAUCAAUUUGAAAGCUCCUUUAUGAAAAAUUCAUUAGUAUAUAAUCAACAAAUUCCAUGUGCCAAACCACAAAACUUACAUAAAUAUGGCAGGUUCUUUACACAUCCAGUAUCACCUAACCAAAAUUCAAACACAGAUAUUUUGGAAAUUCAGUAUAUAUGUAAAGAAAACAGGAAAGCCUUUGCUGAGGAAUCUACCAUAAAUACUCACCAAGGCACGUGUAUUGGAGAGAGAGUGUAUCAGUGUAAUGAAAAUAACAGUGACUUAAGGCAUGAGUCAGAUCCUGCUAAUCAUCAGUCUGCUCACUUUCCAAAGAACCUGUACAAAUGUUACAAAUGUGACACAGUCUUUAAUCAAUACUCAGAACUUAUUAUCCACCAGUAUAUCCAUAUUCAAGAUCAAAUUUCCAAGAAUAUGGAUUGCAACACAGCUUUCAAUCAGACUUCAAGCCGUACUAGAAAUCAUGCUGGAGAAAAACCCUACAAGUGUAAGGAAUGUGGCAAAGCCUUUACCUAUUGUUCAAGUCUUAGGCAACAUCAUAGGAUUCAUUCUGGGGUCAAGCACCACAAAUGUAAAGACUGUGGCAAAGCCUUCUACCAUAAAUCCCUCCUUACUCAGCACCAGAGCAUUCAUGCUGGGAAGAAGCCCUACUGCUGUAAAUUUUGCGGCAAAGCUUUUAAUCAAAGAUCAACUGUUACUCAGCACCAGAGAAUUCAUACGGGAGAGAGGCCCUACCAUUGUAAAGACUGUGGCAAAUCUUUUCAUCAAAGAUCAAGCCUUAGCCUACACCAGAGAGUUCAUACUGGUGAAAAGCCCUACAAAUGCAAAGAAUGUGGCAAAGCCUUUAACCGUAACUCACUCCUUACUCAACACCAGAGAAUUCAUACUGGAGAGAGACCCUACCAUUGUAAAGACUGUGGUAAAGCUUUUAAUAAAAAAUCAAGCCUUACUCAGCACCAGAGAAUUCAUACUGGAGAGAAGCCAUAUUCUUGUAAAGAUUGUGGCAAAGCUUUUAAUCAAAGGUCAAGCCUCAGUUUACACCAGAGGGGUCACACUGGAGAAAAACCCAAUAAAUGUAAUGAAUGUGGCAAAGCCUUCAAUCGUGUUUUUUUCCUUACUCAACACCAGAAAAUUCAUACUGGAGAGAAGGCUUACCACUGUAAAGACUGUGGCAAAGCUUUUAAGCAGAGGUCAAGCCUUACUCAACACCAGAGAGUUCAUACUGGAGAUAAACCUUAUCAUUGUAAGCAUUGUAGCAAGGCUUUUACUCAGAGAUCAAGCUUUACUCGACACCAGAGAAUUCAUACUGGAGAGAAGCCCUACAAGUGUCAAGAUUGUGACAAAGCUUUCAGCCGUAAUUUGCUUCUCAUUCAACACCAGAGAAUUCAUACAGGAGAGAAGCCUUACCACUGUGAAGACUGUGGUAGAGCAUUUAAUCAACGAUCAAGCCUCACUCAGCAUCAGAGAGUUCAUACUGGGGACAAGCCCUUUUGUUGUAAAGACUGUGGCAAGGCUUUUACUCAGAGAUCAAGCUUUAACCGACACCAGAGAAUUCAUACAGGAGAGAAGUUGUACAAAUGUAAGGAAUGUGAUGGCACCUUUAAAAGCAGUUCGCACCUUGCUGAACACCAGUGCACCUCAUUAGGUAGCUGCUUCCAAGGCACAAAAUUCCUCCAGUAUAUGUGAGUUUAUUCUGUUCAAGCCAGCUGGCAAACACAGAUGGAUUGAUUUUAGAAAACAUGGAAUAUGUUUGAUUAUAUAAGAGAUAAUUAUUUCUGUUGCAAUACCUUCCUGGAUUUCAGAAUCACAUUCUGGUUUAAUUGAGUAAUAUUUUUCUUUCUUGUCAUUUUGUCAGUUGGUUCUUUGUUAAUAGUUGCAUUCUCAAAUGUAUUCCCCAAACAUUGUCCAGAAUGUAUACAUAAAGAAAACAUACACCUUGUACAGUGUAUAAAUAAAAGUGCACCCCAGGCUUCACACUAGAGUAGUCUAUGGCAGGUAUUAUUCAGAGCCCUGCUAUGACUUAGAGUCCCACUACUAAAUUGUAUAGGAUAGAGCUUGGUUGUCCCCUCCAAAAACAUGUAGAAUUGUAUUUACUGUCUCUUCUUAAGCACAGAUGAGAUUUUUAUGACAAUAACUUCAAUAAGCAGCUUUAACCCCACAUUUUUUUUUUCCUUCGGUCAUGAAACAUAGAGCCCAGAUAGCAAAAAGGAAAUAAAAACUUCAAGUGUACGUUGAAUUGGUCUGAGGAUCUUGACUUCUGAGUUUACUGCUAGAAAGACUGCAAAUAUAUAGCGGGUGCAUGCAGAGUCCAUCCUUUGUUCAAUUAAGUUACAUUGUGGGGGUUGUGGUGUGCCAUAGCAUUCAUGUGAGAGUCAGGAUAACUUACAGUCAGUUUUUUCCAUUAUUUUGUUGGAAAUUGAAAUCAGCUCAUCUGGCUUAGCUGUGAGUGCCUUUACCUGUUGAGUUAUCUUUUAGGUUUUUGGAUUUUAGGGUCUAAGAAUUUUUUUGGCUUGAUCAGAACAGUCUCUAUGGCAUAGAACCAUGCUGUUUUCUGUCCUUAUGUAAUUAGAAAGUUAGGCAGACCACCUACAGUUUCAUCAAAGUGCAUAUAUAAUCUCAGUGAUUUGAGGACAUGACCAUAUUUAAAAAUGAGAAUGUACAGAAAAUGUAGGGAGACAUUUUUAUAUUUAGAGUUCAACAAAACACUCCAUAAAACUAAAGGCUUUUGGGGUUAGUUCUCCAGUGACUCUUGGUGCCAUGUUGCCACUGAUAGAGGGCUGUAUCUGGUGAUGAGUGUAGAGUCUAUAAGGUCAAAGAAGCAUUGUCAUACUUGGAUGUGAUGCAUUAUCAGAAAGGAGAAGAGCUGGUAAUAGUGAAGAUAAAUCGGCACCAAAUCCAGAGCUGUAACACCACUCAGGGGUGUUGUUUUUCCUCAGCUGGUGGAAGACCAUUUCUGUCACACUGUCAAGGGUUUGUACUGGGGCUCUUUCAUGCUCUGUGUUGGCCUAGAGUCAACCUGGGCCUCACCUUCCUGGAUCAUUCUUUGGGCAUUAAGUCCGGGAUCACUGGGAACUGUCUCGCUGCACCUAGGACCUGCCAAAUAUUUAGGUGUGCAGAAUGCACAUUUGGGUCAGGCUAGCAACAUGCCCCCUUAUUCUAUUUCAUGGGAAGAAUGAAUGAUUCAGAAUUCCUUCACAGAAGCAUUUUUGGUCCUAUAGAGGAUUUAUUCCCAUUUUCUGGUACUGAAAUGAGGAAACCUGUGGUAAUCUCAAGACAAAAUAUACUCAAUAAUUUCUUCACAUAGCCCCUGUCUCCAAGACAACAAGAAAAACAAACACAAAGCAGUCAUGGAUGGAAACUUCUAGAAAACUUCAGUGUAAAACAAGUGGAUAAAUAAUUGAACUUCAUAUGAUAAUGAUUAGUACAAAGAAGGGAAAGAGUGAUUGACAAAUUGCAAUUUGUUUGGGAAGGUUUUCUUUAUUAUAUGUUCUGAUGCACUUCUAUAAGGACAUUUUCUAGAAGAGUUAUUUCUAUUUGUGUUGGUUUUACCUUGUUGAAAAAUUUGGACUCUUACUAGGAUUAUUUUAGAGAAAGUUUUGUUAACUUGGUUGUUCUUUGAUGUUAUUAAGUGGGGGAAUCAUUGUAGUUUGCUUUUUUUAUGCUGUGAUAAAUACAAUAAUCAGAAGCAGGUUGGGGAGGAAAGGUUUGUUCAGGAUAGGAAGGAAAGCAGGAGCAGGGGAUGGAACCAUGUAAGAAGAGGAUGCUCACUGGUUUACUCCUCUCAGCUCAUGCUCAGCCAGCUUCCCUAAACCUCCCAGGACCACCUGCCUGUGGGUGGCGCUGUCCACAGUAAACUGGAUCUUCACAUCAGCCAACAAUCAGAACCCUUGUAGACGUGGACAUAGGCCAUUCUGAUCUGGGCAAUUUCUCAAUACCUUAAUUGAGACACUCACUUUUCACAUGAUGAUUGGUUGGGUUAAAUUGACAGUGAAAACAAACCAGGAUAGUAAUGUGUAAGAUAGUGUUAUGGAGGACAGAAGUGUAACUGCUAUAGCAAUACAGCAAUCAGAAGCCUACAUCCUAUUUUGGAUUCUGCCCAGAUGCUCAGAAAUAUUCAGAAUGCCCUGCUCAAGGUGCGGUCAACCAGCAGUCUCUCUUCAAAAGAAGAAACAAUAUGUCAGCAUUGGUGGAUACUCUGGCCUCGAAUUUUUCCCGGGCCCCAAAGAAGAUAAGUCUAUCUGAUAGGUUGAUACCUUAUUUCUCAUUAAGGCUGUGUCCGGAAGUAUUCUCUCAGAUACUGUGCUUUUUGAUUCCUGCAGGUCUAGUGGCUGCUCCUCAUACAAACAAGUACAAACUUAGUAAGAUUUCCUCCGAACUACUUUGGGGAUUUUUCUUUAUCCCCCUCAAUCACCGUCUUUAGUUCUUAGUUCUCUGCAUUAAAAAUAAACACGUGAUACUGAAGAAGAAACCGAGUUGUUUCUGAUCAUUUAGGUGAUGAAGCAGUGCUCUACUUCUAGGUCUUACGUCAAUUAAUGCAAAUAAUAUGAAGUCUGCUCAUGCUUUCACAAUCUUCUGUAAGUACAUAACAUGUACUUAAGUGGACAUUUUUAAAGUAACUGUACGACUUGUGUCCCAGAUGGUAACUUAUGAACAAUUGCCUACAGCAAAUUUUAAAGAAGCGUAAAUGACUUAAGAUUUGUACUGUUCAUUUAGAACUAAGAACAUCUGUUUUGAGAACACACAGUUUACACGAGCCUUGUGCUGCACUUUCUUCUAGUUUAGCACUUUCUUCCAAAUGGGUGGAAAACUCCAAAAGGAAUGUGCUGAAGAUGCCAGUUCAUGAGUGCCCCUUCUAGGUUCCCCAAAUUCACAGAAUCACAAUUCCUUAAAUUGGGGUCCUAUGAUGGCAUAUGAUUUGCUUUCCUUCAAAUGCAAGGUGACUAGCAUGAGGCCACAAGGUAGUCUACAAUGUUUGGUUUUGUGCCAAUGUCAUGCUUUUGUUUUGUCUAUGUAUUUAUUUAUUUAUUUAGGUUUAUAAGGCUUUAUUCCUGGAUGUGUGUAUUUUUCUUUUUAAGAAACAUUUUAUUGAUACUUUGUGAAUGUCACAUCAUGCACCCUAUCCCCAUUCAUCUCCCCAUCCCUCCAUAUCUGCCCUUACAACCUCUCUCCAAAAGGAAAAAGAAAAGAACAUUAAAAAAAUAAACCAUCUCCCUGUGGAA